ACUCUGAGCUCUUCACUACUGAGUUCCUCCAUGGCAGCUCCAAGCGUUUUUGUUGGAAUUGUGGGGAACUUUAUCUCCAUACUAGUGUUUGCUUCACCAAUAACUACAUUUUUGCGAAUUGUGAAGAAGAAAUCAACCAUGAAUUAUGAAGGGCUGCCCUACGUGACAACUCUAUUGAGCACAUCACUUUGGACUUAUUAUGGGCUUCUCAAGCCGGGGGGUCUUCUUGUUGUCACUGUGAAUGGAGCGGGCAGCGUUAUGCAAGUUGUAUAUGUAGUACUCUUUCUCAUCUAUGCUCCUACAAAGACUAGAAUUAAAAUUGCAAAAUUGGCGGGAGGAUUGAACAUAGGGAUGUUUGGUGCGGUUUUCUUGGUGACUCUAUUGGCGUUUCAUGGGAGUUUGAGGCUUCUCAUUACAGGCUGCAUCUGUGCAGCUCUCACUGUAGGCAUGUACGCAGCGCCUAUGGCAGCAAUGAGGCUGGUGGUACAAACACAAAGCGUGGAAUUCAUGCCUUUUUCUCUCUCCUUUUUCCUCUUUCUGAAUGGUGGGGUUUGGAGCGUCUAUGCUUUUCUAGUAAAAGAUUUUUACAUUGGAAUUCCAAAUGCAACAGGAUUCAUCCUAGGCACAGCUCAACUCAUCCUCUACUCAAUGUACAGAAACAGGAAACCUACUUCAACCAUCUCGAAGCAAGCAUCAGCAGACUUAGAGGCAAGGGCUCCUGCUGGCCAUGCUGUAGGCCAGCUGGAGUUAGCGGCAGGAGAGCAGCAGAAGAGCCUGCAGAGAGUAAGCAGCCUCCCUCUGAAGAGAACAGCACUACCUCGCCAAACUAGCUUAACCAUGAUAGUCAAGUCCCUCUCUCUGCCCCCCUACGGCAAUUCAAACUGGAGUCUAGAUGAACCUUUGGGCAAGGGGGAAACUUACUAGUUUCUUCUUUUGGAGAAUAUGAUCGAUGUUCACUUUGAGAUUUGUUUUGUGCUGAUUAAUGAUCGAAGUGUAAUUAAUAUAUGUCAUUAAAAGUGAGGGUGGUUUUGGCUUCCGUUGAUA